UAUGGCGGCUGAGAAUAAUGUAGUUGAUAGUAUAGUAGAAAAUAGGGAAAAGAAUUUCUAUGUUGGCGUUAAAAUGAAAGGAAAGCAUAAGAAUGGAGUUAUACUAGACAAUAAUAGUACAAUCUCCACCUGCUUUCGUGAAAAGGACCAACAAAAUGGGCAUGAAAUGCUAUCAACUAAAUUGAAUGGAUUUUACAGUCACAUAAACUCAGGAAAAGCUAGUCCCAUUCGUGAAGGCAUAAGGGCAUCGUCUUUACGUGCAUCACCAGUUAGAAAUAAAAGCAUGACCGUACCGAAUUUAGAUAGUUCAAAAAACGAAAUGAAAGGCGAAAAUAGGUUACAACAUGAUGGCAAAAAAUCCGAAGGUUUUUCAUGUAAAUGGAUGGAUUGUGAUUUCACUGCUUGCGAGGUGCUUGAGCUUGCUAGUCACGCUCAGGAGAACCAUGUUGACCCAAUGAAGUCAUGUGACGUAUUUGUCUGCCUAUGGCAGGACUGUAAAGUUUUCAACCGACCAAGUUGUUCAAUGAGCUGGCUCACGAAACACUUAGAAUCACACAUUGGGGUGAAACCAUUCAAAUGUAUCUUUGAAGGGUGCUCCAUGUCGUUUUCAACACAAACCGGUCUUGCUCGGCAUGUUCCGUGCCAUUUCCAGGAUAAUGCACGUCAGUCAAAGAGGAAUGUAAAUAACAAUGUCGGAAAGGAUGAUUCGCCAAGUAAAAAACAAUUGAGACGGAAACGCUUAAAAUACAUACGAUACAAAAAACCUGGCACGCAUGGAAAAGUUGAAGAUUUUGUUGACCAACACACAGUGGACAGCAUCAAAUCGCGGUUGACAAGUAUGAUUGGAACAGAUACGGAAUCCAUUGGAAUCGAUGGAUCCAGCAUACAUUUUAUUGCUGAGCCUUUUGGUAAAAGAGUAAGCAAGAAGGGUGAAAAGGAGAUAUUACUUCAUUGGAUACCAGAAUCAAUUCUGCCAGAUGAGUGGGUGCCAUUCGAUGAAAUUGAGACGUCCUAUCGGAAAUCUCUUCCAAUUCGUUGCCUGCCCAAUGACGUAAAAGCCCAACUGCAUCCCUCAUUUUAUCGCAGGUUGAGUCACAGGAAAAAACGACGAAAAUGAAUAUGGCCGCAUCAUUUUUGUUAUCAUGCAUGGACAUCCAAUAUUAAAUGGCAUUGUCAAAUUAUUUAUUUCCAGAAAAAUUACACAUUGCGGGCAUUAACCGCAUAAAACUAAAAUAAAAGAAAGGCUGUCUCAAGAUAAAUACGCGUCUAUACGCUUACCUUUAGCCAAAGUUUGGAGGUGAAAUUUGUGUGUAACGGUAUAUUUCGUAUUUGACUGUGUGUUUACCCGCGUGGAACAACUCGUUUCAACCAAAAACGUCUCUGGUUACAGAUAGCCUGCCAUUUAUUUUAGUUAAGAGCCAGUCCACGGCCACCAAACGUUGAUUCUUUGAAGGGUUAUCAUUUUGAAGCCAUACAAAAUCCGUUAUAUAGAAAUGCAGAGCAGAGCGAAUAUCUAACCGCGAAUAAGUUACUGUUCUUUAAUUUAUAAACAUACUUGUCUGUCUUCUUAAAAAGCACUUGGAACUUAUAUAGAUCGUUUCCAGCCUGCAUGCGGUGACCGAAUCAGACAGUGUAAUGAGAAGACCAUGCAUCAAUCCCUAUUGCUUUAAAACAUGA